AUGGCUGACAAUCCCGCCCUCAGCGCCGAGGAUGCUGCCUCUCAGCGCGCCGCCGAGCAAGCCCGCCUCCGAAAGGAGCGUCGUGAGGCAAAGAUUCGAGCUGGAGGAUCAGCGAGGUUAAACAGGAUUACGGGCCUCGGCGGAGGAAUACAAAAAGACGUUCCCGCUCCACCUGCUCCAGAGACGACGACGACCCAAGCUACGACGACCCCCAUCGCGGCCGAGACGAGUUCAACUUCGCCCCGAGCGCACGCCGACCCCGAAGAAGUCGACAUCUCGAAACACUACUACGAACCACGCCUGAGUUCCCGCGUUCCCGUACCGCCUGGCAUGGAGACCGUCUCCCAGGAAGAGCUCACGCGACUCAUGCUCGGCAUCGACCGCCCCGGCCAAGGCGAAACCCCGCCCGCGGCGGCCCAAACCGACCCCUUCGCCGCCCUGAUGACGCAAAUGCUCUCAGGAGGCGGUAUCCCCAACGGCGGCGCCGGCAACCCCUUCGCCCAACCUCCUCCUUUCCCCGGCAUGCCGCAGCAACAGCAACCCGCUGCAUCCUCCGGCACCUCCUCCAUCUGGCGGGUUCUCCACGCCCUCUUCGCCAUUUCUCUCGGUCUCUACGUCGCUCUAUCUACGCCCUUCCGUGGCACGAAAGAAGAGCGCGAUCUGCUUGGUGCCGACGCCGUCUCGGAAGAGUCGAAGCGGUUCUUCUGGAUCUUCGCCAGCGUCGAGGCCAUCCUCCUUACUACUCGCUUCUUCGUCGACGGUGGACGGUAUAGCCCCUCGGGAGUGUUGGGUAUGGUCAUGGGCUUUUUGCCCCCCAAGACGGCAGGGUAUAUCGGAGCGGUGAUGAGGUAUGGGCAGAUCUUCAUGACUGUGAGGGCGGACUUGUUGGCUUGUGUUUUUGUGCUGGGGGUUGCGACGCUUUGGAGGAGGUUUGCAUUUGAAUAG